ACCUGUUUUAAAGAUGUCAAUUAAAAAUUUUUUACAAGAAUAUUGAAAUUUGAAUUUUUGAUUUUAUAAUUUCCCCGAAAGAACACUUACAUUUAAUCUAACAUUUUAUUCUUUGAAAUAGUUUAUGUAAUUCUGUCAAAAAUGUUUUUAAAAAAUACUUGGAUUACAAUGCAUAGUUUACGAGGAUGAAAAUGGUAAAGUUUACGCAAAAGAGAGAUGGAUAUUUUUCCGUAUAAGCAUAUUGUAGAUUUUGAAAAAUUGUGUCGAAUAUGCUUGAAUAACAAUGAACAAAGGUUUAAGAUUGAAAAAGAAAAUAUCAAAAUUCAAAACAAAUCUUCUCCCGUUUUGUAUCUCCUUAAUUUGUUUUGUGAAGUAAAGUUAGAAAAAAAUUACCCAGACGAAAUUUGUUUGAGUUGCUUGUCCCAGUUGGAAAAUUUAUACAAAUUUAAACUUCAAAUAGAAAAGUCUGAAGAAGUGCUGAAGAAGCAUCUUGGAUAUAGAGAACAAACAGGUGUUACACAGAAUGGAGUUUGUUAUUCGUCUCAACGACCAUCAGUUUGGUGUAAUAGUGCCUUUAAACACAAGAAUUUCUUUUGGAAGUCAGAAGUUGAUUCUGGAGAAAAUGAAAAUGUCACCAAGUUAUGCUUUAACCAACCACCAAACUCAAUUGUUGAUUUAUCUAAACGGAAUGAGAUUUUAACAGCAAAUUUUGCAGACUUGAAGCUUGAGAGGGAGGAGAACAAGGAAGAGUCAGCUGUAGGGGAUGUUGUUACCCAAAAUAUCAUGGCAGAUGUUGAUAAUGAAGGAAAUUUGACUUCCCAUGUAACAUUUGAUUGUGGCAGUAUCACUAGUAAAUAUAUUGAAAAAUUAAGUGCAACCAGCAAAAUACAAAACGAUCAACUGAACUUUGAUAAUGAAAAGGUUCAUGAAGUUCAUAAUAAAAAAAACACAUCAGUUCAAGUUAGUGAGACAACAGUUCUUAUUAAUGAUAAUAAGACAUUAACUCACAAAGCACCAAUAGAACCUGAAUUAAAUAUUUCAGAGACACAUCUGGAUAGUAAUGAUUUUAAAAUUAGUAAUCAAAGUGAAAGUAUUGAAGAUGUGCAAAAUCCAGUACAUUGCCCUGUCUGUAACAAAACUUUCAAGUCUAAAUAUACAUUAAAUGUUCAUCUAAAACGACACAGGCUUGAAGGGCAGUUUGCUUGUACUCUUUGUGGAAAGUGUUUCAGUUCCCAAGGUUGCUUAAACAGACACUUGAAGAUUCAUACAGGAGAAAAAAAAUUUGAAUGUCAAGUGUGCCAGAAAAGAUUUCUUUCAUCACAUAAUCUCAUUGUACAUGAACGAGUUCACACAGGAGAGAAACCAUAUCUGUGCAGUCAUUGUGGAAAAGCCUUUAGUAAUCGUACUGGGCUGAACUUUCAUGUUAGGAUUCAUACAAAUACAAAACCAUAUCUCUGUAACAUUUGUGAUAAAGCUUUUGGAGCUCAAAGCCAUCUUGUAUGGCACACAAUGAUUCAUACUGGUGAAAAGCCUUUUGUUUGCAAAAUUUGCGACAAAGCUUUUAUAAAGAAGUGCGACCUUCAAAGGCAUUCAUUGGUGCACACAGGUGUGAAGCCUUUUCAGUGUUCAUUUUGUGAAAAACGUUUUAGUACAAAACUAAACUUGCAAUACCAUGAGAUGAUUCAUAAAGAUGACAGGCCUCACAUCUGUCCGACUUGCGAUAAGCGUUUUAUACGGCGUUAUUAUCUACAGGAACAUAUAAGCAAACAUCAUUUUGUUACUGAAAAUAUGGAAGCAACAAAUAAAUAAUUUUUUUCCAUGUUAAUGUUGGGCGCACAAAAUUGUGCUGAUGGGCGCAGACCACAGAAAUUCAAAUUAUUUAGGAAAUCAAAGUAUAGGGGGGACUUAAGCACAUAUAUUUCUCAAUUUUAAGAGAGGGGGUCUUAUUUCUAUGGUUAUAUAAAACAAUAAAGCAUUUGAUUUCUUUUGUGAAAUAGCUGUCUUUUCUUUGGAUAAGUGAGGAAAAGAUCUUACGUGUGCUAGACAUGAUUUCUACAUCAGUGGCGAAACAAAUUUCUCAAAAAACAGAUUUUUUUACUAUAUGGCAAAUGACACUAUUGGAAUAUGAAACCAUUUUGCUCACUUCUUAACUAUUGUAGAAAAAAUAUAUUCUAUACACGUUGGUUUUAAGGGCGAGACAGGAAAGUAAAACCAAAGUUUACAAAUUAUAAUUCCUAAACUUUGGUAAAAACCUCUUUGAAUAGACUCUUACCGAUUAUAUUUGUUUUGCCAGAAUUCGCCUUGAUAAGUGAAACUUUUAAAUUACCGCUAAAGAUAUUCUGUACUAAACUCGAAUUAAAAUGUAUGAGCUUUUAAAAA